GCGUCAAAGUCAAAACUUUCUGGCAAUUCAAAAACAUGCCUAAAAACCGAGGUAUUCAAAAUAAUGAAGAGUACAUAAAAGAACAAGAGGCGAUAAAGAGGAAAAAAAGAAAAGCGGCUAAAGAAUGUCUUCAAAUGGCUGGGUUCAGUAUACUGGAGUUCGUAUUAUGCAUGAUAUGUCUGAUACUCUUUCUUCUUAUACAUGCCAAAAUACACAGACUAUAUGCUCAUGUACCCGAGACUAGGCGAGUUACAUCUUCGCGCCAUAUUUUGCUGUUACCACUGCCAAUGAUAGUAGCAAGUGUAUAUCUAGCUCUAACUUAUGUAGAUUUGAUGUCUUUUCUUACUAUGAGGCCUAUCACAUACUAUGCCUGGAUAAUGGUAUCAGCAAGUGGCUUCUUGCUAUUCUUCUUAGCUGCUGGAGUGCUGAUACUUGAAAGUACAGUUGUAGCCGUUCUUGUUGCAAUCGUAUUUGCAAUCAUAACCGGUGUAGUUUUUCUUAUAGACUUAAUUUGCCUAUUCCUUGUUUUAAAACGGUUUCCCGUACCACACUGGGUGCUAACACGCUGGAAAGAACAAACUGAUUGCUGUAUAUGUGCUGAUAACGGCGACAUUGAAGAAGAAGUUAAAAGACCUCUAUGUCGCUGUGGAGAUGUCUGGGAUGAACCCUGUGUUUGUGACAUAAUGCCAGGAGGUAUGUGCAAAUGUGGAGCUGUGGAAACAGGGGAACCCCCUUGUCCUUGCUGCGUCUGCGUUCCCGAGGACGGCCCUGAUAAUAUAUCGAGGCCUGAGAAUAUUCACGACCUAAUAUCUGUGGGAACAGGAAGGGACUUUAUCGAACCGAGCCUGGCAAGAUCGGUCCAUUCGCAAAUAAUGACAGACCGUCAAUUAAUUUGUGUCGAUGGUCCAGCUAGAGGACCUAGUAAAAGCAUUAGGCCAAGCGCUAGGCCAAGCACUUUUGGUUACCUACCAGAUAUGAGAAAAAGUAUGGCUCGUGAUAGAGGCACGACCUCAAGAGUAGACAUCGAAGUGGGCUCCGGAUACGACAGCCCCAGCGCGAAAAUUUCCUACAGUGCCAGGCCAUCCACUAUUUCGGGUGUACCAUCACAAACCAAAAGGAAAUCGAGAAUGAUGAGUAGGGUACUAGUUGGAGAUUCGACAGAUGAAGAUUUGUAUAUGCCGUCAAGACCAAGUAUGAUGCCUCGACAAUCAUCAGCGGUUGGUCCACGGGAUGGAAGAAAAUCGACUAUAUACACGGUCCCUCAAGACAAUUUACCUGGCCAGGUACCCCGAAAAUCCACCGUAUCGUCCAAAAUAAUUAAUAGUCCCAGAGACUCCACUUGGUCAACUAGAUCAACAACUGCAUCAAGAACUAGGAUAACCGUGGAACAAGAUGCGAGACCAAAAAGCGAAGGAUCAAGUAUGAUGAUUAGGAACGUCUCUACUACGGUAAAGCCCUCCAGAACACUGAGCAGAGUGAAUGAAGGUCAUGAAUGCGGACAAAGUGUCAGAACCGCACCAAGCCAGAGCACAAUCACAUUAACUAGAUGCAACCACUAACCGCAAACGGAGCUGUCAAUUUAUUUAACUAAUUUUAGGGUCAUGCCGAUCUACAUAUAUAUUUUAUAGGUUUUGUUACUUUUUCUAUGGGUUACUACAAUUUAAGCAAAUACCUAUGUCUGCAAUGUUUUACAGUCUUUUACCUAUUUAUACAAGUGUGUUGUUAUUGUAAUACGUACUAAUUUUCUACCGAUUUUUUGUUGUACACUUUAUACA